GUAGGUACAUGUACCCGCUUCUACGUACGUACUUUUAUCGAUUUGGCCAAUCUGCUAUCAUCUAUCAGCUGCCGCCGCCAUAUCUUCAUCCUACCUACCUGCCUGCCUGCCUGCCUGCAAGUAGGUGGUAGGUAAGUACUCAUGGGCAGGCCAUGUAAUCCAACACCAACUUCUCAAACCGCCUUACCUCUCUGUUGUUCUUCCUCUGCUUUUGCCUCUACCUCAACUUCCAGGUCUAUCCCUGACUGUGUCCGCUACCUCUUCUCUUGACUGUUUCUUCCCUCUGUCUAUUCCAGUCCCAACUUGACGCCUUGAUUGUUACCCCUCCUCCCUCCAAUCUACCUUUCAACACCAAGGCCAGAGUCUGAUCUAGCGUCGUAGCUGUAGACCGCGUUGAAAGCGACUACUUCACUGCUUUGUCCCUGCUGCUGCAACCAUCAAUUCGUUCUUCGUGGACCGCUUCAUUGGCUACAUUGACCUCGCUGUUGACCCAAGUCCCUAAGAGCAUUACGCCUUGCCGCUUCACCACCUCAAUGGCGACACCGCCUAAGCGCAGUCCGACGCCUGAGAGGAUUGCCACAGAGGACCCCGAUACCGCAGCCGCGCGGAAAGAAUUGAGGCAGACCGCUAUUUCCGAGAGGCCUGAUCUAUCUGCCAUGGCUACACCCAACGCCAGCAGCGAUGCCGUAACAUCGGAUGAAGUACCAGGUGCCGCCGAAGCAUCUGGCGAGGCUGCGACACCAGAGCGGGUAGCUCGCGACGACGCUGCCAAGGAACAAAUGGCGUCACCUAAGAAGAAGCGCGCCCACGACGAAGUAGACGAGCCCAAGGAUGCAGCCGCCGGCGCCAAUGCUGAUAGAGAUGUCUCCCCCAUUGGUUCCAAUGGAAGUGCUUCCUUGGACCGUACUGAUCGCUCUGAGCCUGAAAAGAAACGACCUCGCGAUAUCUCCAGCGAGUAUAAUAAGUCUGACUCUACCACGAAUACGACAUCGCCCAAGGGCGCCACCGCGUCUGCUACCGACAAGAUUAAUGAGUCGACUGCCGAUAAGUCAAUACCUGACAGGUUGACUGAUACUCGAGGCUCUGAGAAAAAAGGCAAUUCCACCACCGCAUCCGCCUUCAAACGCUCAGGCAUGUCUAGUUUUGCCUCCCAGAAAUCGCCAUUUCUGAGUGCUAGCACCGGCCAAACCCUGUCUUCGUUUGCCGGUCCCUCAGCUACAACGACAUUUGGAUUACCAUCCUCCACCAAAUCUAUUUUUGAGAGCGGUAAUAGCUCUUCCAGUGGGGGCGCAUCUCCUUUUGGCCAAAUAGGCUCAUCCCCGGCUUUUGGGGGCUUCAGUGGCAGUCUAGGAGGGUCUCGACUUACGACAUUCGGAAAGCCUGGUGAAUCCUUAAAGAGCGGCAAACCAGCCAAGCCGUUCGGCGCACCAGCUAGUGAGGAUGAGAAUGAGGGCGACGAGGAGGACGAUGGCAAUACCUCGGACAAUGAUAAGGACGAUGGUGAGAAUCAACCUGCCGAAGAAGAUAAAGCUGCGGAGACGGAAGAUAAGAAAAAACCAAAGCUCCAGCGAAUCGCUGUUGAUGAUGGCGAAGCAGGCGAAACCACAAUCAUGUCAGUACGUGCUAGACUGUACAAUCUAGAUAAAACGAGUAGCUCGUGGAAGGAACGUGGCGCCGGCAACCUAAAGAUUAAUGUACCAUUGGCUUGUGUACGUACUGACAGUGCCGGGGUCCCCAUUGCGGGAACAUUUGAUGCCUCUGCCCUCGAAGAUGCCGAGUCUAAGGUUGUUCGUCUGGUUAUGCGGCAAGAUUCAACACAUCGCGUAAUCCUCAAUACCGCUAUCAUUCCAGCCAUGAAGUUUCAAGAGAAGUCAAGUCUCAAGGCGACAUACGUGCUAUUUACAGCCAUUGAAGGCGAGGGCGCGGUUAGCAUCCAAAUCAAGAUGAAUGCGGCUAAUGCCAAGAGCUUUCUCAGUGAGGUCGAAAGUGUGCAACUUCAACUCCAGUCGAUCCAGAGCGCCGCUAGUGGAACUGCCUUUACUCACGUCUCAAACCCCUUUCCAGAUGUAUGUGUCAGUGAUGCUUCGAAUGGAGGAAGAGUCGAGCGUGAGUCAUCAUAGCUCGCGGGUAGUAGCGGCCAUGAUAAGCAUGAAUAAGAUUCACAGGGCUGUGACACCCCAUCAAGCGAUCUAUCUAAUACUUCUUCCAAGAGCCCUCCGUCAAAGCGCCGAGACGAGACAUUUGGGGGCAAGGUUGUCCAUGCCUUCAACUCGUAAAAUCCGAGCUGCGUCUAUCUAGUGGUAAUGCAAGGUUUAUCUCUUGUAGGGAUUACGAAAUAGGAUAUGAUGCAUAAAUUUGUCUGCUUAGUCAAAUGGAGAGAACUACAUAUACCAGGUGAACGAGAGAGGAGUUUUGAAGGUCAUCAUAUGAAUGCAUUUUCAGGUGUGGAUACAGGAGGGGGGUUACCUUUGUCGUCGUACUUCCUGCUGGGGGGGAGGGCCCCGGG